CUCACCAAACGCUCACCUCCGAUAGCUCCCAAGAUGUCCACCAAUAGCAGUACCAUGCCGAUGACGCCCCCCAAGGAGCUGUUCAACCUGGAUAAUCCUGUCUUCUGCUGCUAUCUCUUUUGGGCCACGGUGCUGGUGGUCAAGAUGCUGCUCAUGUCGCUUUUGACUGCCGUGCAACGCUUCCGCUUCAAGCUUCUGGGUCUGGUUCCAUUGGGAAUGAGGCGAAAGAUAUUUCCCAACCAGGAAGACCUCUUCUUCAAGAACACGGAGGUUCAGUUUAAUGAUCCACAUGUGGAGCGCGUACGCAGAGCCCAUCGCAACGACAUGGAGAACAUCUUGCCAUAUUUCAUCAUGGCCCUGAUCUACAUAAGCACUAAUCCGGAUGCAACAGUGGCCUGCAAUCUGUUCCGAGUGGCCUCCUUGGCCCGCAUAGUGCACACCCUGGUCUACGCCGUGUAUCCUGUGCCGCAGCCAUCCCGGAUAAUCGCCUUUGGCUGCAUGCUUCUCAUUACUUUUUACAUGGCCGCAGUUGUGGCCUUGCGCACCCUUAGCUUUAUCUGACUCUAGCGCAUUCCUCUCCUCAUCUCUCUGUAUUAGACAAAAACUCAUUCGGCAUGAGCAGAUUUGGCUCUUUCAAUUAAAUUACGACUAUAAUAAUUAUCAUGA